UCCGGAUGUUGCUGGUGAAACUGACGUAUCUUGAGGGACAGCGGACUACUUGUUUGUUGCCGAGCUGGGCUGUAGAUUAACUGUCCCUGCGUCAGAAAUCAUGCAGUCAGACUCCCAUCCCCUCGUUCCACAUCACAUCCCGGUGUCAAGUUUGGAGCUUUCCUGCCUCCGGAGAGGCAGAAUCAUCAUCAGCUGUGACAGCGCAGAGAGAGGACGAUAAUGGGGCCCCAUGGCAUCAACCGUGCUGUGGAGAGACUAGAGUUUACAGACUGUAAAAAAGGACUUGGCGUGAAGAUUAUUGGGGGCUACAGGGAACAGAGCGGUGAAGAGUUCGGUAUUUUCAUUAAACGAAUUUUGCCAGGUGGCGUGGCGGCACAGGACGGGCGUCUUCGAGCAGGGGACCUCAUUUUAGAUGUCAACAACAUGAAUUUAGGGGGUGUUACAAAUGAAAAGGCAGUGGAGGUUCUUCGCAUGGCGUCAGCUACAAAUCACAUGUCUUUACUGAUAGUACGUGAUGACGCUUCCAGGAGGGAAUUUGCUGAGUUAAUGGAAAAAUAUGGCUCCAGCAGUAGUACCAGUUCUGGAUCAGACACCUCUGCUUCCACAGGAAAGAUCACCGACACUGCCUCCUCCUCCUCAUCUUCCAGAUCAACCAGUCCUCUUCUUCUGAGCCCUAAAGACCCAAACCCAGUAUACACCACUGCCUGCAUUACCUCCCCACCUCCACAAGUCUGCACAGACUGCAUGAUUCAGUUGAUAUGUGUUGCCAAAGGGACCGGAUUAGGCUUGGUGAUCAGGGGCGGAGCUAACCGUGCAGAGGGGCCAAUGGUGUACGUUCAAGAAAUAAUACAAGGAGGCGAUUGCCAAAAGGAUGGGAGACUAAAGACUGGAGACCAGCUCAUAUCCAUCAAUAAGGAGUCACUCAUUGGAGUAACACAUGAAGAAGCCAAAACCAUACUCACUCGAACAAAACUCAGACCAGACCCUACAGUAGAAAUAGCAUUUAUUAGACGAAGGUCUUCAUCAGGCUCCAGCAGUGGACCCCACAGCCCCAUCUCCCUUCAACCUCCCUGCUGUACAGCCCCCCAGCUCAGGCCCCCUGGACUGGGAGGAGCAAAUCUGCCUGGAGGUCUCGUCCCUAAGAUAGCCAACACCCCCAACUCUGGAAGUGAGACGUUGCCUUCUGUAGAACUUGCUAAGGUACGAGCAGCAACAACAAAGCCUAAUCUCACCCCCGUGUCCUCACCUGAGAGUGCCUGCACCACAGUGGCCAACUCUGAUGCAUCCGCUGCCUGUAAUCCCAGCAAUACCUGCAGACCCUCAAAACCUCUAUCCUCGACUCCCAGCUCUGAACUGAAGCCCGAGAAAACAGACCAGGCACUGGAGGUGCUGGGAUUGAAGCCUACUGAGUCUCAGGUCCUGACUCUGAGAGAAAGGCUGCGUUUGAACCCAGGAGGGACAGUGGCUUAUGGAGAUUUUGAGACAGUAACAAAGGAACUCUUUAAACAAGCAUCCAAGUCUGACUCAGAACAGGAAGUAGUGAGAUUGACAUCAGAUGAUCUCACUGAGUCUCCAUCAGUCCCUACUCCAUCGUUAUCAGACUCUGAUGAUCUGGAUGAGAUGGAGAGACUAAGAAAAGACCACAUUGAGGCCUUGAGAGAGCUCAAGAGACUGCAGGAUAAGCUGGCAGAAUCCGAGAGCCUUACUCAUAAGAUGCUGCAGGAACUGACAAAAGUUAAACAGGAAGCAAAAUCUGCAGUGGAGGAGAGUCGUUCCCUGCGGACCCGGAUCCAUCUGGCAGAGGCUGCACAGAAACAGGCCCGGGGAAUGGAGAUGGACUACGAGGAGGUUAUCCAUCUCCUGGAGGCUGAGAUAGCUGAAAUGAAGUCUCAGAAAACUGAACAACCCGGCCGUGGAAAGGACGAUCUACAAGAUCUGAAAAAAAGGAUGUCUGUUCUUGAAUGCCAGCUACGAAAGAGUGAAACUGCAAAGAAGGGGUUUGAAGUCUCUACGGGUAAACUUCUCCAGUUUGUGGAGGCUGUCCAAGGCUUCCUGUCUGAAAACCAAAGCGGUUCAAGAGGCUAUAGUUCUCCCAGUGAUCCAAAGUUGGCCAACCUGUCUCAGACCCUGCCAUCUCGAAGUGGGAAGAAACCGUCCUGGACAGCAGCUGCUCUUGCUGUGGAAGCUAAAGAACUAACUAAUACUGUCAGAGGAAUUCUAGAGCUGGACUGUUUACCUUUUGGCUGGGACGAGGCGUACACUGCUGAUGGAGUGAAGUACUAUGUGAAUCAUGUAACUCAGACAACAUCAUGGACGCACCCUGUAAUGAGAUCUUUGGGUCUGUCAGAACCAGAAGCAAAUGACCAAACCCUCAACUCUCCAGAAUCCACAGCAUAGACUGAUUCCAAAGACGGUGUGCCACUUUCUGCUCAACUGUUCGGUUAAAAAAGAUGAAAAACCCCUAAACACACCAGGAUAUAAACAUCAAGUGAUAUGUGCAUUAUAAAAAAAGACAAUCAGAAAAAAAAAUCUCAUUCAUUGAAUGAAAAUCUAUACACUCUCAGAAAAAAGGUACCAAACUUCUUUGAAAAGAUACUAAUAUGUACACUUUAUGUAUUAAUAUGUAUCUUUAAGGUACUUAUAUGUGACUCUGGACCACAAAACCAGUCAUAAGGGUUAAUUUUUUGAAACUGAGAUUUAUACAUCAUAUAUAUAAAUAAAUAUGAAUAAAUAAGCAUCCCACUGAUGUAUGGUUUGUUAGGAUAGGACAAUAUUUGGCCAACUAUUUGAAAAUCUGGAAUCUGAGGGUGCAAAAAAAUCUAAAUAUUGAGAAAAUCACCUUUAAAAUUGUCCAAAUUAAGUUCUUAGCAAUGCAUAUUACUAUCAAAAAUAAAGUUAUGGAACACGAUCUUUACGUAAUACCCUAGUGGUUUUUGGCGUUAAAAAAAGAGAUCAUUUUGACCCAUACAAUGUAUUUUUGGCUAUUUCUACAAACAUACCCAUGCUACAACUAAUUAUGUACCUUUAGGGGGUGAAUAAGGUUAAGUAAGGUAAAAACCUGUACCGUUUAACUUUUGCACCUUAGGGUAACGUCUCAGUGGCAACUUUGUACCCUUUAUUCUCAGAGUGUACAACUGAUAUUAAAAUAUGCAGCAAAUAUAUCUCAAAUACUCCAGCUCUUUGAUGGGUUAAGAUCUCACAUUUGAUUUUCCCCAUUUUUGUGUCUGUUCACUGUUUUUCUGACAUUUUAGGAAUUUCCCCUCAUCUCUUGUUAUUUUGUACCUUGACAAAAACAAUGGACAGGCCCAAUCUGUUUUUCCGACUUUCAGAAAAAGUCAAACGUUAUUGCACUUGUUUGAAGUCAAAGGACGUGGCCUCUUUGGUAAAGCAGGAACUUUGGAAUAGUUAAUCAGGAUGAACUGCUUCUGUGAUGUUCAUUCAAUUUGACUUGUGUUUGAUCCACUUUCUGAAACUUUUGUUCACAGAUUUGUUGAAACAGGAAUUUGUUUACUUUUUCAAACUUCCUCCUCGAACCAUGAGAGUAAGACACUUCUUCGGUUCACUGUAAUGUAAUUGUUUUCCAUAUAAAGACGCGUUUGAAAUUCUGCUGUUAUCCUUAGUGGACGUUCUAGCCAUUAUGCAUAACUGUGAACGUGUCUUCUCUUGCAUGUGCAAUUAGUUCUGCGCUUCCAGUAGAAAUGUGAGUUUAACAUACCCUAAGCCUUAUGUGUAUAAUUUCUUGGGAAAAAAAGACAACAUGGCAUAUUUGCUUUGUUGUGAAUUCACUCUGCCUAACAGCGUAAAUUUAGCCUAAGAGAUCUCUUUGCGUAGAUCAUUAAAAUAUAUGUUUUUCCUGUAAUGUGUGAAUACUUUUGUGGUUCUA